UCCUUUAAGCACCGAACAUUGCGUGGGGGCGCCCGCGCCUGGCUUCCGUCACCAUCAUAAAUAGAGCCGGAGGAAAUGGAUCACCAGCAACGAGAAACGAGUGUACAUGUGCAAGCUAUCAGCUGGCGUUGUGUUAUGGAGUCGCCGUAACCGCACAGACCAGCCCUUCACAAUCACACAGCAUCACCCAAGACACCCCCUCCCUCCACUAGUCAGAAAGCAAGAUGUCCCGACACAGCCCCAUAACCACAGCAGUUGUGACACUGCUGGGGGCAGCAUUAGGAGGUCUGCUCAUAUGGCGCACCCUGCGGGCACAGAAGAAGAAGACACUUCCGCAGGGACGGAAGGAGGCGGGUUCCCUGGAAGAACCCAUCACGCCGGAGCCUGCCCCCCUGGUGGUGGAGCGCCAGCCCUCAAGGCUGCCCGCCUCCCUGCCCUGCCCAGAGCAGCUGCUGGGGGGGACCCCAGUGAUGGUGAACUCCCAGGAGGACUGGGACAAGCUGUGGCCUUCGCUGCAGAGCGACCUAGCUCUCUUCCCUGUCCUGGGACUGGACUGCGAAUGGGUUAAGUUCAACGGCGUGUCCGUGAAGGGCCGCGCCUCGGCCGUGUCCCUCCUCCAGAUGGCGUCCUACUCGGGCCGCUGUGUCCUGGUGCGCCUGCAGCCCUUCCGUGGCGGCCAGCAGGCCCUGCCCCUCAGCCUCACGGAGGUCCUUCGCGACCCACGGGUCUUAAAGGUGGGCGUCGGCUGCUACGAGGAUGGCAAGCGACUGACCCGAGACUACGGCCUGUCCCUGGGCUGCACCCUGGACCUGAGAUACCUCGCCUUGAGACAGAAGCAGGUGGUGCUGAACAACGGCUUGAGUCUGAAGUCUCUGGCAGCAGACCUCCUCAGUGUCUCUCUGGACAAAUCUCUAGAGCUGCGCUGCAGUGACUGGGAGGCCGACAGACUCACCCUGGAGCAGAUGGCCUAUGCUGCCCGGGACGCCCAGGUCUCCAUCGCCCUGUUUUUCCACCUCCUGGGCCUCAGCUCAGAGGUCCAGGCCUUGGACGACGAUGGCAGUGUCCACACCCAGCUGUGGGGGCGCUGCCAGGGCCUGGUGGACGUGCCCUUCAGGGCCAGGGCCGGAGGAGAGGGGGAUGACAAGGAAGGGGAGAGGAAACGACGCAGCAGGAAACCCACGAUGGAGAGCCCAGUGUCUGGAGACCAGCAAGUUCCAGACCCACGAAAGAACAAGAGGAAACCAUUAGGUGUGGGCUACUCUGCCAGGAAGUCUCCUCUCUAUGACAACUGCUUCCUACACGCUCCAGACGGCCAGCCCCUCUGCACCUGCGACAAGAAGAAGGCCAAGUGGUACCUUGAUAAAGGAAUAGGAGAGCUGCUCAGUGAGGACCCCUUCAUCGUGCGUCUGCUGUUUGAGCCGUCGGGGCGGCCAGACUCCCAGCAGGAUUAUUACCUGACUGCCAAGGAGAACCUGUGUGUAGUCUGUGGCAAAGCAGACUCCUACAUCAGGAAGAACAUUGUCCCGCACGAAUACAGACGCCAUUUCCCCACCGAGAUGAAGGACCACAACUCCCAUGACAUCCUGCUGCUGUGCACUUCCUGUCACGCCGCGUCCAACGUCUACGACGGCUUCCUGAAGCAGCAGCUGGCCGAGGAGCACAGCGCCCCCCAGGGGUGCGAGGAGGGCGUGCGGACGCUGGAGGACUCGGAGCGGCGCCGCGUGCGCUCCGCCGCCCGGGCUCUCCUGACCGCAGGGGAGGGGCUUCCCGAGGCGCGCCGCGACGAGCUGCGGGCCGUCAUCAGGGGUUUCUACGGUAGCGAGGAGGGAGAGGUCGGCGAGGAGGCACUGCAGGAGGCCGCGGGCCUGGAGACCAGGAUCUUCAACGAGAGCUACGUGGCCCAUGGGCUGAAGGUGGUGCAGGCGCAUGCCGCGGGUGGCCUCCGAGGCCUGAUGGACCUGGAGCGCCGCUGGAGGCAACACUUCCUGUCCGCCAUGCAGCCACGCCACCUCCCUCCGCUCUGGGCCGUCGACCACAACCACGACAAGUUCCUGCGGAAGUACGGAGAGGACCUCCCCAUCCAGUUAAACUGAGCCCCUGCUGUGCCCGGAGGCCCCAGGAGAGGGCGCUGUGGGCGUCCUUGUUCGAGGUGAGACGGUGUCACACAGAACUGUGCCAAACGUGAUGCCAGCCUGGCAUCCAGGCCCUGAAGAGACUGACUUAACCGCCUCCUGAUGAUGAACUGAAUACCAGACAUGCCACCAAGAACUCUUAACUUGAAACCGCUGUCUGGAGAACACACUUGCAUAUGGACCUUUUUUUUUAUAGAAAUGGAUGGGGGGGGGAAAUCAUGUUAAAAAACGAAAAAAAAAAAAAAUGAAGAUUGAUUUCACAAAUUUAUGGAAAUUGUAUUUUAAAACGAACUGAAACCUGCUCCUAAAUCUCUAAUUUUGACCUGCAGGUGAACAGCCUUAAUAAUUUCUAUGCAUUUGUGUUUGUGUAAAAAGAAAAAAAAAUCAAUUUUUUCCUCAAAGAAUCUAAGGUCAUUUUAAAAUGUAAACAAUAUUCUGAGGCCCCCUUCUGGCACACAGUAGCAGCCUCUUCUACAGCAGACCAGACUGCGUCAUGGUGACCAGUCACUCUACAGCAGACCAGAUUGGGUCAUGGUGACCAGUCACUCAGGUUGAUGGAGGUGAAGUCACAGACUAGUUAGACUAGUUGCCAUGCCGAACGGAACCUUCCUUGACCCCGGUAUGUAAGCGUCCUGGACAGAGUCUCUGCAGUUGGGACACCUCCUGACACGCGUGCUAAUGUGUCUCCUCCACAUGACUGGACCUGAGACUAACGUUGCUCCACCCUCAUCCCAUUCCACUGUCCUCCAUGUUGAACAAGAGUCAAGUGCCAACCCUGAUGACCUGAGUCACUCACUCUGUUGGUUAGAAAGAUGGCCUUAAGAAACCCAACCCAUGUGCAAGGCAGAGAUUUCCAUGUUUUCCAGCAUGAUGGCAUUUAUUUAUUGUUCAGAAACUGUUCAGCUUUGUAUUUAUUUACAUUUAUCCAGGUGUAACCCUUGAAGCUGUUGUUUCCUUAAAUUGUAAAUUACAUAAAUAAAGAUCAUGUUUGUAUUAUU